AAACAAGGUCACAAGGACAUCAACCCGCCGCGUCUUCCAAAACUUUGCGUCACAAUCCACUUUAAUUGGGGUUUUGUGAUUGAUGACUUGACGGCUUCUACCGCCUUAUCAGGAUGAUAUAUAUUUGAGUUUAUAACUGAAGAUCCUAGUACAAAAAUUGUUUUAUCCAUUCAAGUCCGAACGUUUUACAUAAUUUAGGCUAAACAGUUGCACCUCUUAGUUAUUCACCCUGUCCUUAUUGACAAGUUAGCACUUAUUCUGUGGUAUUCAAGUGAUUGAUUGAAUAGACUGUAUGAAAAUUCCCUCCAUUCAGUGCUUCGAUUCGAAUUGAAAUGCUGCCCUAUUUUGAUUACCAGUUCCGUGUCAUUAUAAUUGGUGAUAGUAUGGUUGGAAAAUCCUCCCUGAUGAAAAGUUUCGUUGAAGGAAAUUUCUCAUCAGUAUCUGACCCAACUAUUGGGGUAGAUUUUUUCUCUCGAACUGUACGAAUUCAAGAGGAAGUGUUCGUUAAGCUGCAACUAUGGGACACUGCGGGUCAGGAGAAAUUUAGGUCUAUAACCGCGUCCUACUAUCGAAAUUGUGUUGGAGUCCUUAUUGUAUUUGAUCUGACUGACAGAGAAACAUUUGACCAUGUUGCUGAUUGGUAUGAAGAAGCUCGUGGUUCCAUCAAGUGCUCUGCUCCUGUAUUUAUAAUAGUUGGUCACAAAGCUGAUCGUCGUGACGAGCGACAAGUCAGUAAAAUGGAAGCUCAAUCUCUUGCCCAACGACUUGGUGAUUACACCUAUAUAGAAACAUCUUCACUUACUGGACAAAAUAUUGAAAGAGCAUUUGAACUUCUUGCUGAAGGAAUAUAUGCUAAUGUAAUAAAAGGGAGUUAUAAUGAGGUAAAUACAAAUAUAUAUAUUUUUGUUUUCAUUUGUCAUUAUGGUUAUACUUAUUGCAUUUUUGGUAAUAAC